AUGAUCCAGGCAACACCAACUUCAAGUUUUGGGUCAUUCCCAGCAUGCCCAACAACCAGGCACCAGUCUCAAUACCGCAAAAUCAUCCCAUUCAAUUCGGUUUCAUCUCAAAAGGGCCAAGAGUCAACCUCACUGACUCUCCAAGGUAACAAAACGUGCGAGUGUUUUGAUUUGCAUAAAGAGCUAGUCCCAUAUGGAGAUGCAUGGAAUUGGCAGAAGGAGAUGAUUAGAAAGAAAAAGGGGUUGAUUGAAAGGAAUGAAGAAUGCCCAGAUACACUGAUCGUUUUACAGCAUCAACCUGUGUUUACAAUGGGUACUGGUAGUUCUAUAGAAUACCUGAAUUUUGACAUAAAGGAUGCUCCUUUUGAGGUCUAUCGUGCUGAGCGAGGUGGAGAGGUUACCUAUCACGGGCCUGGCCAGCUUGUUAUGUACCCAAUUAUCAAUCUUCGAAAUCACAAGAUGGAUCUUCAUUGGUACCUCAGGGAACUUGAGGAGGUGGUCAUUCGUGUUCUUUCCUCGACAUUCUCUAUUAAGGCUUCCCGAGUUGAGGGUUUAACUGGAGUUUGGGUAGGUUUGCAGGCAUUUGUUAGCUUAGGAGAGCUCAAUGCGAACAGAUUGUUUGCGAGAUGUGAAAUUGCAGAAUCAAAGAGAGAUUCUUUGAACUUUGUGUUGUUUGGGUUGGGGGGUGGGGUGGGGUGGGUGUUUAUUUUUCUCCUAAUUGUUCUUUUUGAAAUUCUAAUGGCAGGAGAUCAGAAACUGGCUGCAAUUGGGAUAAGAGUAUCUCGGUGGAUAGCAUAUCAUGGUUUAGCACUCAAUGUCACUACAGAUUUGACACCUUUUAAUUGGAUAGUUCCAUGUGGGAUCAGGAACCGAAAGGUUGGAAGCAUAAAGGAGUUGCUGGGAGAAGCCAGCUUGUUCAAUGGACAUACAAAUGCAAAGGCACUUCAUAUUGAUUAUUCACAACUAAUCAGUAUUACAUACCAAUCCUUGAUCAGAGAGUUUUGUGAAGUUUUUAACCUUAAGAUCCAACACAGAAGUGCAUCCAUUUUGGAGUCUAUAGAGAAGAAGCCAGAAAGCUGA